AUGUCUCUUGCUGCGCGCACGUACAGGCAGGAGGGUCGCCCUUAUAGCGCCCGCCAGAAGCGCGUGCUGCUCGACAGCCGUGGCAAGGCCAUUGCGUGCAUGGGGCUUGUGCUCGGACGCUUUCGGCGCACCUGGGCUCUGUACCGUGGGGGCCACCUGGACGAGGGGAACCGGCUGGCUACCUUUGUGGGCCAUUUCUUGGCUGCUGAGCCAGCCGUGAGCAUCACCCUCAAAGGCUCCCGGGGCGCCAGCGCCUUCAAGAUCCGCGGAGAGCUCGGCGCCACCAGCUUCAAGGUCAGCAUGAAGCUGCCCUGCGGUGGCGAGGUGGCCGUGGCGGCAGCUGAGCGGCGCCAGCAGCCGCUGCCGCAGCGCGGCAGCGUGGCGGCGUCCUCAGAAAAUUCGAGCACGUACGACGUGCUGCUGGAGGCAGGCGCGGAUGCGGCAUUUGUGGCGGCGGCCUGCAUCGUGAUUGACAGCAUGUACAACAAGUCACAGAGAUACCAGGAGUAG